AUGGUUCAAGAACCCCAGUUGACUACACCGUCGUUUUAUAUUCCGCAUCACGGAGUUUUGAAACCAGACAGUAGUACAACAAAGUUACGUGUGGUCUUUGAUGCAUCGGCCAAGGACAGCAAAGGAACUUCUCUGAAUGAUCAAUUACUUACGGGACCCAAACUGCAGAGAGACAUAGCUGACAUUCUUCUCUCAUUUCGAGAUCAUGCAGUUGCAUUUACUGCUGACAUACGACAGAUGUACCGUCAGAUUCUAGUUCAAGAGGAAUUCCGCGACUGUCAACGAAUUCUGUGGCGACCAUCUGAUGAUGAUCCAGUUUGUGAGUACAGGCUCAACACUGUUACCUAUGGCGUGUCAUCUGCACCCUACCUUGCUAUCCGCACACUCCAUCAACUGGCUGCAGAUGAGAAAGAUAGAUUCCCUCGGGCAUCAUCAGUCCUCCUAAAAGACACGUAUGUUGAUGAUGUUGUAACUGGAGCACCCAAUGCACGUGAGGCUAUCUCAUUGCAAAGAGAGUUAAUUGACCUCCUCAAGGCUGGUGGUUUUCAGUUGCGAAAAUUUGCCAGUAAUGAUUUAUCUCUGCUCUCUUGGCUUUCCGAAGACUUGGUGCAGGGCAGCAAGGCUCUCCCCUUGGACAACACUUGUGGACUUCCCACCGUCAAAAUAUUGGGUCUGCAGUGGCAAUCUGAAGUGGAUGCAUUCGCUUACAAUGUUCAACCUACUUCCUCGACAGCUACGAAGCGGAGCAUACUGUCCGACUUGGCGCGAAUAUUUGACCCUCUAGGUUGGCUGUCACCUGUGGUCCUGCUUGCAAAAUGCCUCAUUCAGCACUUGUGGAUUCGAUGCAUAGAUUGGGAUGACCCUCCUCCUGCCGACAUCCUUGCAACGUGGCAGCGGUUCCAGCGAGAGCUUCCUAGUCUGGCUAGCAUCACUAUUUCAAGAUUUGUCCCAGUGACCCAAAGAGAACUCUUACUAGAGAUCCAUGGAUUCUCUGAUAGUUCGGAGCAAGGUUAUGCGGCAGUUGUUUAUCUCAGAGCCACUUCACCUGAUGGCUCAGUAUCUGUAUACCUUCUGGUUGGAAGGUCAAAGGUAGCCCCAAUUAAAAGAGUGUCAUUGCCUCGCCUGGAACUCUGUGGUGCUUUGCUGCUUGCUCGCACAAUGCAUAGAAUCUUGCAAAAUUAUGGACCUCAUGUGAACCUAGACCAAAUAUUUGCCUGGACAGACUCUACAGUUGUCCUCCACUGGAUCCGUGGAUCACCUCAUAAAUGGAAAACUUUUGUUGCAAAUCGUGUCGGCCAAAUCCAUGACCUUGUCCCAGCAAAGCACUGGAAUCAUGUGUUGUCAGACAGCAACCCGGCUGAUUGUGCCUCUAGGGGCUUGUUUCCAAGUGAGAUAGCUGACCACUCGCUGUGGUGGACCGGUCCAUCAUGGCUGUAUAAGCCACCAGAGGAAUGGCCACAACUCACCGGCUUGAUGGACAGCAUGGACGAAACAGUGAUGGAACAACGGAUCUUUACCUUGCAUAGUGUCAACCCUCUGGCAGACACUACGCUGCUGGAAAGGUUCUCAUCUUUAAGCAAGGUCAAACGCAUUACGGCCUAUUGUCUCCGCUUUGUGCAACGUUUGCGCUUCAAGAAACUUCCCCCCCGUAGUCCACCAGAUGCUAAUGAGCUUAAAGAUGCCAUGAUGGUAUGGGUUCGUUUAGCCCAGGCUUCAGCAUUCGCAUCUGAUAUCAAAGCUCUGCAAGCUAACCAACCAUAUCGGGGUCCACUCUUCAAGCUGUCUCCCUUCUUGGAUCCUGCUGGCAUUCUCAGGGUGGGCGGACGUUUGGAACUAUCAGACUUGGCUUACAACCAACGACAUCCAAUUCUACUGCCCAAACACCACAGAUUGACAGACCUUGUAAUUGACCACCUUCACAUCCAUCUGAUGCACUGUGGUCCCACCAUACUACAGUCUGCUGUGCAACGUGACUUCUGGAUUGUAGGUGCUCGGGGCCUCAUUCGUCAACGGCUGAAGAAGUGUACUUUAUGCUUUCGAGUUCGCCCUGUGCCUCGAAACCCACCCAUGGGUAAUCUUCCAGUCGAUCGUGUCACACAAGCCAAGCCAUUUCUCAAGACAGGAGUCGACUAUGCUGGACCCUUUAAAAUCACCAUGUCCCGACUGCGGAAGGCCCGCAUCCAGGAUGCCUACUUGUGCCUGUUUGUAUGCUUUGCCACCAAGGCAAUCCACUUGGAGCUGGCCUCUGAUCUGACGACAGAUGCUUUCAUAGCUGCCUUUCGCCGUUUCUUGUCUCGUCGGGGGCGAUGCUCUGACCUUCACAGCGAUUGCGGGACUAACUUUGUCGGUGCCAGUCGCUUGUUGACUGGACUAAGAGCCUUCAUGUCAAGCAAGGAUACACAUGACUCCUUUGCUCAGUCGCUGGUUGAACACCAAGUUACCUGGCAUUUCAAUCCCCCAUCAGCACCACAUUUUGGAGGCCUGUGGGAGGCAGGUGUAAAGUCUGUGAAGUCUCUCCUCAUAAAGAGUGUAGGUGCUCAGGUACUCACUUAUGAAGAAUUAUACACUCUCAUGACACAAGUGGAGGCCAUUCUCAACUCACGGCCUCUGUGUGCUCUCUCAAAUAAUCCAAACGACAUGGCUGCUCUGACACCCAGUCAUUUUCUAGUCUUGGGGCCUCCUGCACUAGUGCCCGAACCAGAUUUGUCCCACCUCAAGCUAAAUCGUUUGUCUCGAUGGCAACUCAUCCAGCAAGCGCAUCAGUCAUUCUGGAAGCGCUGGCACCAGGAUUAUCUACAACAGCUGCAGCAACGACCCAAGAGCCUAACUGACCAAGACAUCCUCAGUGUUGGCACCUUGGUUCUCAUCAAAGAUCCGAAUCUACCACCAUUGUGCUGGAAGUUAGGCCGUAUUGUGAAGACUUUUCCUGGCUCAGAUGGUGUCGUGAGAGUGGCUGAGGUGAAGACCCAACAAGGCACCUUUCUACGGCCUGUGGUGAAGCUGUGCCCGUUGCCCGCCCAAUAA